CGACCUUGGCGGAUCGCGUUUGCGCGGUGGCGAUCAGUUCCCAGCACCCGCUCGGCUCUGGGCUGGCCGAGGUCUCAGCGUGAGGGCGGCCGAGCUGGCUGGCUGCUUUAAGAUGAGGCUUCUGCUGCUUCUGCUGGUGGCGGCGUCGGCGGUGGUCCGCAGCGAUGCCUCGGCCAACUUGGGCGGCGUGCCUGGCAAGAGGCUGAAGAUGCAGUACGCCACGGGGCCGCUGCUCAAGUUCCAGAUUUGUGUUUCCUGAGGUUACAGGCGGGUGUUUGAGGAGUACAUGCGGGUUAUUAGCCAGCGGUACCCUGACAUCCGCAUAGAAGGAGAGAAUUACCUCCCUCAACCAAUAUAUAGACACAUAGCAUCUUUCCUGUCAGUCUUCAAGCUCGUAUUAAUAGGCUUAAUAAUUGUUGGCAAGGAUCCUUUUGCUUUCUUUGGCAUGCAAGCUCCUAGCAUCUGGCAGUGGGGCCAAGAAAAUAAGGUCUAUGCAUGUAUGAUGGUAUUCUUCUUGAGCAACAUGAUUGAGAACCAGUGUAUGUCAACAGGUGCAUUUGAGAUAACUUUGAAUGAUGUACCUGUGUGGUCUAAGUUGGAAUCUGGUCACCUUCCAUCCAUGCAACAGCUUGUUCAAAUUCUUGACAAUGAAAUGAAGCUCAAUGUGCAUAUGGAUUCAAUCCCACACCAUCGAUCAUAGCCCCAACUAUCGGCACUGAAAACUCUUUUACAUUAAGGGAUUUUUGCAAGAGCAGCGUGACUGGCAUUAUGAAGGCCUGUACUGAAGACAGCAAGCUGUUAGUGCAGGCCAGAUGCUUUCCUGGCAGGCUCGCUGUACCUCUUGGAAAACCUCAAUGCAAGGCAGUUCUUCAGUGCUGGCACAUUUUGGAAUUCUGCACAUUCGUGGAGUGCAAUAAUACUGUAUAGCUUUUUUUCUUCCCCAGAUCCAGUCAGUUAAUAGUUUUAAAAAAAAGCAGACAUGCUCCUUGUACUUUUUUUUUCUUGUUCAUAUUUUCAAAAGUAGAAAAUUGAGUUAUAAUUUUAUUUUUUUUUCAAAGAUGUCUGUUAAAUCUGUUGUGAUUUUAUAUGAAUUUUCCUUUUUUAUAGUUUAAAAUUCAUCUUUUGGAGACUAGAGCUGAAGUUCCCAAAUACUUUAUAAGAGUUUAUCAGACAUCUCUAAUUUGGUUGUGUCCAAUUUAUAUAGUUUUCAAAAUACCGCAGAUUGUGAACAGCAUAUUAUAUGAGAUUAUGGGGGGGAAAUCCUAUAUCCAGAGUACUCUGCCAGUUGUGUAUGUGUAUGUGUGUGUGCGCGUGUGUGAUUACCAGAGAACUACUAAAAGACCAACCUCUUUUUAAAUCCUGUUAUGUAGUUCAAGUGUCCUGCCUUGACCAAUUUAAUGAGUUGAUUAACUGGGCCUUUAUACUUAACUCAAUAAAAAACUAAACAGAUAUAAGUUAAAUAAAAAGUUCAAGUUUAUUGCCCAGCGUACCUAUUAACAUUAUAUGUAACAGUUGUCUACCUAAAUUUUUGUUCUUUGACUCACUGACAGUUUCCUAGGGGACACACUUUAGAUUCACACAUAAGUAAUAGGUCACUCACCAUUUUAAGGAUAAUUGAAACUUGCUUCACUUCUAAGAAAGUUUACUUAAACCUCUUCACAACAUUAAUGUUAGGUACAUGGAGAUCACUUGUCUAAUAAUUUAACCUGUUUGACAUCAUAUAUCAGAAUUUUAUUAUAUUUGAGGAACAAAAUUAAAGUUUUUUAUUUGGUGAAUUUAAUGUCUUUCCAGAGUUCUAAAAAGGUAGUUUUUUUUUUUCUAAUUUAAAAUGAUAAAGACUAUAAUUUAGCAGAAAUAGGACCAUAAAGUAGAAAAGUAGUCAUAUAGCAACAGUCAUAACAUACUUCAGCUUCCGUGUAGGAAUAGAAGUGAUAGGUCCAAUUUUGUUAGUGGAAGAAAAGGGAUUUAUGGAAAAGUUAUGAGAUGUUUCAAUAUUGAGUCCACCAAACACUUUGCACAACGUUAUACUUCAUUUGUCAGUGAAUAUUUGUUGAAAUGCAUGUCUGGUUAUCAUCAUGACUGUGACAUCUUCAAGGUAGAACGCACUGUAGUCCCUAGCUGAACGGAAGUUAGCCUGAUACUUCAUGACAGAAAAUUGAUUAAAUGCCUUAUCCUUCUAAUUAAGGCUGCAGAACUGUUAACCUGAGAUCACACUGUGGCAACAGUCAAUACAGUUUAAGCCGGAGGUUACUUGGAGGUUAUCACUCAGGUGUAAUAACACUUCGCUGUCUUUGACUAGGGUUUAAAGCCCUGUUAACUUGAUUUGUACCAGCCCAGACCUCUUCCCUCUUACAAGUUGAACACACUGUUGAGUGUGUGUAGGGUCUUUCUUCAGCAUCAGACAUUCCACUAGUGGUGGUUAGCCUUUGGACAUUUAGAACUUCCAAACUUGAAUCUAUCUAGUCCCAUGUGUCUGACAGGCCAGCCAUGAAGAAUUUAAGAUUUAAUUUUAACUUUUUCCAUGUUUGCCUUGGGUGAAAGACUUGUCUUUUGGAGAGUAGCUUUAAGUGACUUGGUCACUAAUAAAACUCAACUAUUUUGUUGACACCCAUUUUAAUAUUUAUGUUUGGCCAUAUUUAAAUUUAAAAUUUAGUAGAGUCUAGUGAAAAAAUUAGUGGAAUGUGUGAAUAUAAAAAAAUACAAAAAAAGAGAAAGCUAUUUAAAAUGUGGCUUUAUUAUAUUCCUAACAUUUCAAAAUUUAUUACAUAGUUGCUUAUAAAUUGCUGUGGCUGUAUAGUUUAUAAAUGUUUAUGUACUGUGUUAAUUAGAAGACCAUAGAACGUGACACCAGUUUGGUUAAUGUUAUUCCGUAGUUGCUGUUGUGGAAGAGAUUAUAUAUUAGAUUAAUAAAAAAAAAAUGUUGGUAAAACCUGGCUUUAUACCUCAGCAAGAAAAUGUACCAAAAAACAUAGGCUUUUGGGAUAUAUGUGCAUUAUUAACUCAUGGCACUCAGAUUAAUGAUAACCGUUGAUCAAACAUGACUAUCAAAAUAUAACAGGAUCCUAAUGAUGA